GACAUCAUACAUAUCGUUUUAUCGUCAUAAAUACUACAUAUAUUUUUCUAGUGUAACUACUGAUUGAUCAAUCGUUCUGAUGGGAAUUCGUAACAGCAUUGCAAUCAGUAGUUCGCAACCCAUUGGGACUUCUCCGGAAUUCUUUAAUUGGGGAAAUCUACCAACAGAUAUCCCGGAGGACAAGAAGGACCCCAAUGAACUAGUCUUCCAGAGCUGGGCCUUCUGCAAAGCAAAAUCUUCUUCGGCCAAAAUGUACCACACCGCGGAAGAGAAAGUCAAAAAAAAAAAAUUAUGGCCUGGCGAGAGCGCCCCAAUUUUAUUGAACUUGACUGUGGAGAGGAUAGCUUUUUCGUGACGAAUACUCAAAAGGUUAUCGGCAUAGCUGACGGCGUAGGUGGUUGGAGAAAAAAAGGUGUCGACUCAUCUCUUUUCUCAAAUGCGCUCAUGAAGAAUGCUAAACUAUUUGCCGAAACCCACCGAAAAGAGCUUGAUCCAGAAGUGAUUAUGGAUGCUGCGUACCGUAAAACUAUAUACGAUAAAGAAGUAAAGGCUGGUAGCAGCACCGCCUGCAUCGCCACACUGCGUCAGGAGGAUAAUGGAAAGCAUUAUCUGGAUGUGGCCAACAUCGGCGACAGUGGGCUGUUAUUGAUACGAGAUCGCAAACCGAUCUUCCGUAUGCAUGAAAAAAUCCACCGCUUUAACGCACCUUUCCAAUUGGCGGUGCUCCCAAAAGAAUUUCAAGGGCGCUCUUUGUCAGAUCCCGUAUCAGCUUGUGUACGGGAGUCCGUCUCCCUGCAGAAGGGUGACGUUGUGGUGUUUGGAACGGAUGGUCUUUUUGACAACCGCUUUAACGCCGAGUUGGCUUCUGACGCCGGGUGGAUUGGUCAAACGCAGAAUACGGCCCUGAGUUCCAUCCCCUUCGUUGGAUUUUGGUUCAGUAAUGCGUUUAAGGGUCAACAAGUAGAAUACACAAAUCCACACCGUGUGGUGGAGCGCCUUGUGUUAGAUACACAUAAGGCAUCGCUCAAAGUAGAUGGCAACUCGCCGUGGGCGGAGAUGCUGCGCCGGCACGGCGUCAGCAACGCGCAGGGCGGCAAGAAAGAUGAUGUGACGGUCGUUUUAUGCCGAGUGAUGCCGCGUGGAGAAAUUGUGGAAGACUCGGUCCAGUAACAACAAUAAUGUUGAUAUGAAAUAAAAUAAUACCAAUAAGCAUCUGACCUUGAAUAACAUGAAGGAGAUUGUUCUGGGAUAGGUAAAGAAGAAAAAUCAGAUAUGCAGAAAAGCAGGGCUUCGGCUUCGCCUUAUUCAUUACUUCUCUGUCUCUGUGCUUCUGAGACAUCAAAUAUUUUUUCAGACAAUGGUCUAAGAAAUUCAAAAGGUCUAUAAUUUAAAAUAUAUUAUAGCGCCAAAUAUAGUACAGAAUAGAAGGAAAACAAAUGAACCUA